UUCUAUUCUGUAUUGAGUGGAGGAGUGAAGUCUGUGUCGCCUGAUCGAUCCGUGGGGGUGACUGUAUCAGUCGAGGCACCGAGUCCACAGGCACAGCGACAGAAAAAUGGCGACGGAGGGCGGACUGGCGCCAGGCGGUGACGGCGACAUGCCCGUGGGCGGGCCCAAGACGCCCCAGCAGAUCGCCGCCCAGCGCCGCUUGCAGCAGACACAGGCGCAAGUAGAUGAGGUGGUGGACAUUAUGAAGACGAACGUCGAGAAGGUGCUAGAACGAGAUCAGAAGCUGUCCGAGCUAGACGAUAGAGCAGAUGCUUUGCAGCAGGGAGCUUCACAGUUCGAACAGCAAGCUGGAAAACUGAAAAGCAAAUUUUGGUUGCAGAAUCUAAAGAUGAUGAUUAUCGCAGCAGUAAUCGGUAUAAUCAUCUUGGCCCUAAUCAUCGCCAACUUUGUGUGAACAAGUUUCGGUAACCGAAGUUCAAUUUAGAAGUUACUUGUUAUAAUG